AUGCCUUUUCUCAAAAAACUUGUCGCUAAAAUUACCAAUAAAUCUAACAUUGCUACAAGAUCGAUCUCUCCUCAAGAACAGAUUUAUAAUAACGCAUGGUCAGAUUUUGAACAAGAGGAGGAGUGGAAUGUUGAAAAACUAUCUGGUUUAACCGGCAUUAAAGAAGAUUCUAGACCUUCUUCAAUGCAAGCUGAACAAGAGAAUCCUUCUGUUGUGGUAAUAGAAACACCGUUUAAGAGUUACACUUUUGA